AUGGCCUCCUGUCGUUUGUGUUUGUGCUAUCUGGCAGGACACGUGGACUGUUACCACGGUGACAUAAAGACCCUGCCACCCCACUUGAAGGACAGGCUGUUCAAGCUGAUGAGCAGCCAGGGCGCUAUCACCGACACGAACAUUGGCCAGGUGCUGCACCCCGGGCUGCAGGUGGCGGACCUGCAGAACUGUAAGGUGUCGGACGGCGCGCUCAGGCAGCUCUGCAGCUGCAGGCAACUGAGGAAAAUCAUCCUGAACUCCCGGAAGGAGGACUGUUUCACUGUUACAUCCGAAGGUGUCGCCGCCGUAGCCGCCAGCUGCCCCUACCUGUGUGAGGUGGAGCUGUGGAGGUGCCGCGCGGUGACGGACGAGGGGGUCCUCGCCGUGGCCCGCAACUGCAAGCUGCUGCAGGUCAUCACCCUCAGUGGCUGCGUGGCAAUCACCGACGCCGCCCUGCUGGCCCUGGGGCGGAACUGCAGGCUUCUGCACAGCAUCAGCUUCGCUGCCACGCAGGUGACAGACGAUGGCGUUGUGGGGUUAGUGAAUGGAGUUUGCUCUCAGACUUUGAAGGAGGUUCACAUGGAUCGGUGCCAGUUCCUGACUGACCAGGCGGUGGAGGCCGUGCUGGCCUGCUGCCCCCAGAUCACGAUCCUGCUCUUCCACGGGUGUCCACUGGUCACAGAUCGCUCCAGGGAGGCUCUGCAGGAUCUUAUUGGGCCAAAUAAAAUUCGCCAAGUGACGUGGACUGUGUACUGAGCAGUCGCCACCAGGGCCGAUGACUCCUGCUGUUGCCUUGAACCCUGUUCCAAGAUGCAGCUCUUUUGGUAUCACCCCCAGCACUAUGAACACUAAGCUCUGGGUCUUAAUGCAGCAAAACCUGAAAAGAAGCUGCAGCUGUGGCUAUAGUUCAUGAAACUUUAUACUUCAGAAACGAAGCUUUGUUAACAAAGAUUGACCACCAAACUGCACGCCAGAGGAAAAGUAAACAAAUAACUUUGGUUAAAAACAUUAAUUAUUUGUAUUAUAUACUGUAGAUACACACAGAGAACUUUGUAGUAUUAUGUACAUAUGAAAACUUUGUGUGGCAAUUUAACAUUUUAAUAAGUGUUGCUUGUUUUGUUAUGUAGAUUAGUUAACACAUCCGUUCUAAAUGUCCAGCUUUACCUUAGUGUUGCCAUUUUUCAUUUUGUUGUUAAAAGUAGACAAGAGUAAAGAGAAACAUCCCACACUAGGGGGCACAAGAGGACACAUUGCUAGAUGUUAAUGCCCUGUAUAGGAAAAGAAACCAUUUCCUCGCUAGAGCUAGUGAUCCACACUGAUAGCUAAUACCCAUUUGUUUACGUACAAAAGACU